AUGGGUUCCCUACCAAAGACAGCCAACAAAUUUGACGUCCUCAUCCUGGGCGCCGGCCUUUCUGGUCUAUGCACUCUCUACAACCUUCAAAAGCGCUUCCCCGAUUGGCGCAUCAAAGUCCUCGACGCUGCCCCCGAUGUAGGCGGAACGUGGUACUGGAACUCGUACCCAGGCUGUCGCUUUGACUCUGAGUCACUGUCGUACUGCUUUUCAUUCGACAAAGAGCUUCUUGAUGAGUGGCACUGGAAAGAGGCCUUCUCCCCGCAGCCAGAGACCCACAGGUACAUCACGUACUUUGCCGAGAAGCACAAUCUUUACAAGGACAUACAGCUCAACACCAUUGUUACAAAGGCGACAUGGAGUGAGUCAGACCAUACUUGGACUUUUAUCGACGAGGCUGGUAAUGAAUACACUUCAACCUUUUUCGUCAGUGGUAUGGGCUUCUUAUCUGCACCGACACUACCUGCCAUUGAAGGCAUUGAAGACUUCAAUGGCAGACUGUUCCACACCUCGCGCUGGCCCAAGGACCUCGACGUAAGUCGCGACUUUGCUGGAAAAAAGGUUGGUAUCAUCGGUACAGGUGCAACUGGCAUUCAGAUCACCACUGCAUUAUCCAAAGAUCCCAACAUUGAGUCAAUCAGUGUAUUCCAACGCACAGCCAAUUGGUCCGCACCCCUCCGAAACUCCGAGAUCUCGCUCGAGGACAUGGCAGACCACAAAAAGAACUACGACAAAGUCUUCAAAGCUUGCUCCGAAAGCUCGUCUGGCUUCCUGCACAACGGCGAUCCUCGCAAGUCACUUGAAGUGACAGAGGAAGAGCGACUUGCUUUAUGGGAGAAGCUUUACAAUGAACCUGGAUUUGGCAAGUGGCUGAGCGUUUUCUCAGAUACAUACACCGAUCGCUAUGCCAACAGCCUGUACUCUGAGUUUAUGGCCAACAAGAUCCGACAGCGGGUAAAAGAUCCAGCCGUCGCAGAGAGUCUUAUCCCGAAGAAUCAUGGCUUUGGAACUCGCCGCGUACCACUGGAGAGUGGUUACUUUGAAGCGUACAACCAGCCAAACGUUCAUCUCGUCGACUUGCAGAAGACACCAAUUGAUCGUGUCACAGCGUCUGGGAUUCUGACAUCUGACGGCAAGGAGCAUAAACUCGAUAUCUUGAUCUGCGCGACUGGCUUCAAUGCCAUCACUGGAGCUUUCAGUGCUAUCGAAUGGCAUGGGAAGAACAACCGUCCACUCAUCGCAACCAGUGACAGUCCUAAUGCCGACGAAGCAAUUUGGCUUGACCACCGACCGCAGACGUUCCUUGGUCUCACUGUACCGUCCAUGCCAAACAUGUUCAUGGUACUCGGCCCACACCAACCUUUUGGAAACGCUACUCGAAACAUCGAGUAUGCUGUGCAGGCUAUCUCAGAUCUGCUACAACAUUGCAAGGAUAAUGGGUACACUUCUGUUGAGCCUACGACAGAGUCUGUUGAGCAGUGGACUGAACAUGUUGUCAAGUGCAGUGAGAGUCAAGUUUUGAUGAAUGAGAUAGAUAGCUGGAUGACGGGUGUCAACAAGAACGUCAAGGGCAAGACGGUUAGAAGUGUGGCGCGGUAUAGUGGCAACAUCACUGAGUAUCGUCGGCGAUGCCAAGAGGUAAAGAAGAUGGGCUACAAGGAACUUGUAUUUUCCUAG